AUGGCCGCGUUCCCACUUUUCUCCCUCUCCCAUAUUCCCCUGAAGUGCGUGUUCGAUCAGCUCGAUCACACCACCAUGUAAGUUCCCCUUUCACUCAUGUUCGCUCAGUUCUAGUCUUCUGUUUGCAGACUCGAGAUUGCGAAAGGCUCGAAAACGGCCAGAAGAUGUGUAAAACGUCUCGAGAUGCCCGUCAAACUCUGCUGCGUGUUUAUGGACAUCAACACACGGAUGAGCGUCGCAACUGCCGGCCAAGAAGCGCGGGUUUAUUAUGAAAACCCGGACUGCAGUUGGAGCCCCAAUGAAGUUAGGUGGACAUAUCAGCAAAUGGAAGAGUUGGCGCGAAGAUUGGUGGAGUGUUUCGAAGUGGAGUGCCAUGUCACAAUCGAUUCUUUAUUGGACUGCGUCAAGAGCAUCAAGGACCUUUUCGUGUGGAAACACGGAAUCGACUGUCCAUAUAUCGAAGUGCACGAUGCACUGAUGACGGAUGCGGAAUUCGAGUUCCUAUUCGACUACUCGGCGGCGACGCAUGAUCUUCGACCAAUUGGAAGGCAUCUCGUUUUCGAUCGAUUGGGAAGUUGAAGCGCUUCGAUAGACUGUUGGAACGAGUCGAGAUGAUAUACAAAGGGAAGAAUCGUCUGGACUGUCUGCGGUGAGUCUCGAUAAAACGUUGGCCAACCUAAUAAGAGUUGUUUUCAGCAAUGCGCACCGGCGUUCGCUUCAAAGACGUCCAACAAAAAGGCACUGGACGUGUGGCAAUCGUGUUGUGGGCAAGUGCGGCCUUUUCUUUCACCGUUUGGCCACAAGAUCUAUGCACUCUUUCAAGGUCUUAACUAUUGUUUUAUUUUAGUGACACCAAUAAACAUGUUGAUAUUACAAAUCUGCCUCCCAACGGAACAACAAAAAUGUAUUUCCGUAAUGUAAAGCGCGCCUUCUUCCGGCACGGUUUCUUCUACUCUGACUCAGAUACAACAAGCUGGAUCUUUCGUUAAAAAGAUUUAUUAUAAAAAAGAUUAAGGAGCCAUAGAAAUAUUACAAAAUGAGGGGGAUAAAACUAAAGAAGGGACAGGUCCUUGAUGAGAAAAGGGACGACGAGCAGUGCGUCCUCUCUCUCCAACCCAACUGACUUCUCUCCGACUUGCCGGCGCUCCCUCUUCCGGAGUGAGGAGACACAGCCAGUCGGGGGUCCAUCGGGUAGCGUCGCGUGGCGCCUGUCACAGUAACAUCACCGGACUCACUCUCAGUGACCAACUGACCUCCUUCCGUUUCGGUCGAAAUAAACUUGAAAGUCCUACUGACCCAUUGAAUGUAAGACUUCCAGGUAGCCUCCAAAGUCGUAAACUUGUCGCCUUGAGACUCGGUACCUCCUUCCGUUUCGGUCGCCAUCUCCUCAUAGGUUCCCAGCCCGACGUACAUUGUGAAAUACGUUGUUUGUUCGCCUGCACGUCGACUCGGACCUUUAUUACGGCAAUAAGACUGUUGGAAUGGAAGGGGAUUGGACGUUUUACAUUGAAUGGCAGCCCAGGGACCAGUUUUAUUACAUCAAGAGGAUCGAAUUCGGAUGUCCGCAAGAAGUGGAUGUGCAGAGAAACUACAGGAAUUUGAACUAUCCGCACUAUUGGAAGAUCUCCACUGGAAUCGUUAGCUCCCGUGCCAAACACAAUUUCCUGGUCGGCGACUUCAAUAUGCCAGGGGCACAUUGGAAUUCGGCCGAUAAUCGAGGAAUCCAUCCAGACCUUGCCAGAAUGAUAAUUACACACAGUAUGACCCAAAUUGUGCACUUCCCCACGUGA